UUUAAAAGACAAAACCGGUUAAUAGGUUUUGGUUUGGAUUGGAUAAAGAAUAUGAUGGUAUUUUGGUAAAAUAGGCACUUGAGAAAAAGAGAAGUGAGAGGAGCCAUCUUAUCUUUGCUAUCGAGUGGGUAAGAAGAAUCAGAAAACAGAAAAUGGCGAAUUCACUAUGCUUCUUCUCUUCUCCUCCUACCUUUUGCUUCCAAUCUCCAAGCAAAAACCCUAAACCUUCUCACUUCUUCUCAACUAAUGAUAACACCUCUUCCUUGGUACAGAAGAGAGAACUGCUUCAGACUUCAAGAUCCCAAAGUUUUGAAGUUAAGGCCGCAAACAAUAAUCCUCAGGGCACUAAACCAAACAGUUUAGUUUGUGCAAAUUGUGAAGGGGAAGGUUGUGUGGCAUGUUCUCAAUGCAAAGGAGGUGGUGUGAAUUUGAUUGAUCAUUUCAAUGGUCAGUUUAAAGCUGGUGCACUCUGUUGGCUUUGCAGAGGUAAAAAGGAGGUGUUGUGUGGGGACUGCAAUGGAGCUGGUUUCAUUGGUGGGUUCUUGAGCACCUUCGAUGAGUAGUAGAAAUAAGCUUCUUCCAAGAAGACUGGAUUUGAUUACAUGGACUCAAAAAACACUCUUUUAUAAACCUUAGAAGAAGUAAAUCUUUCUCUCUAUCAAUGCUCUUCUUUACCAAAAACAUGUAUUACUAUUUGUUAUUGCACACCAAACUUUUGUUGUAUUUUUGUUUUUCAGAUUCUUCUCUCUCUCUCUCUCGUUUUUUGUCUUCUACAAAUUGCUAAAAGUCUAUAGCACCUCUAUGGUAGUCUUGUUGAUGGCUUGAAAUGUUGAAUGGUUUAGAGAAGAAUUAAUCAAAGUUUUGUUCUAUUCAUUUACAUUGAAAGAGAAUGUUUUAUAUCAUCCUAG